AUGCCGCUAAUUGAGUUCAUCAGCUACUGUUUCUACGUCAUUAAUACUGCAUUUGGUGGCCGUGUCGCUGUGGGUCGUAUUAUGGUGGUGUUGCCUAUCUCAUCCAUCAGAGUCACUUCCACCCUCCCAAAGGGCUUCCGAGAAGGGUGUUGUCCAGGAGCAAUCAGAGCUGUUGUCUGGGCUGAAUUACGACGCAUCCAAGAUGGUUCUUGUGAAUAG